CUAGUACAUCGAAAGGCUUUGAAAAUGUGGAAUUUUUUUAAAAACUUUGUUUAUGCCGUGCUUUUAGUUAAUAUGACAAUUGGGGCUGUUCACUGCUCCUGGGAUCCAUACAAAGUAUUGGGCCUGAAGAGGGGAGCAUCAAUCCCGGAAAUCCGCAGAGCUUACAAACAGAGUGCGAGAGAAUGGCAUCCAGAUAAAAAUAGAAAUGAAAAUGCCGAAUCAAAAUUUGUUGAAGUGAAUAAGGCAUAUGAGUUACUAUCAGAUCCUGUGCGAAGAAAACUGUUUGAUCAGAAAGGAGUUGUGGACGACAGUCUUAAUAGAAACAUGCACAACCCAAAUAACAGAUUUGGUGAUGGAGCAUCAUUUUUCUCUGGACACGGUGGGUUCAGAUUCCAGUUUAAAAUGUCAGAGAUGACUGCAUUUCACCAGUAUAGGAUUACAUUGAGGAGAUAUGAAAAUUUUAUUCUCCCACAAAGCCAGAAUCAGCCGUAUCUGAUAUUAGUCUAUUCUGAAUGGUGUCUGAUGUGCCUCCAUGUAUUGCCAAUUUGGCAAAGAUUAGUGGAAGAUUUGAAUCCAAUUGGGAUUAAUUUAGCUACAGUGCAUUUCGACCAAGAAGUGGAAUUGGCCAAUAAACUUGGAGGAAGGAGAGGGGAGCUUCCACAUGUUGUAUUGGUUAUGGAUUCAAGAAUUUCACACUACAUUGAAGAUGAGCUCAGUAAUUCCAAAGUUAUAGAAUUCAUCCGCAGCCGAUUUUCCCGUAAUCUGAUUGCUUUCGUCAAUGAUCAGAACAUAAAUGAGUUUAUAGGUGGUUGGAAGGAUAACAAAGUCCGUGUUAUGCUGUUUGGCAAACUUGAAUUAGUCCGUCUGCGGUAUUUAACCUUGGCUUUUAAAUAUAGACCACACACAUUGUUUGGUUACGCACAAUUAAAUCUAGAGACAACACGGGCCAUUGUCGACAAAUUUGGUAUACCUUUGAAAUUAGAUUCUCUUUUACUGUUUCAAGAAGACCGCGACCGACCAGCUGCAAGAUUAAGCAUGGCGGACUUACCGUAUUCGACAUUGAAAGACAUAAUCGAAACUAACAAAUACCUUCAACUGCCAAGACUUUCAUCUCAAAAAAUGCUAGAUCUGCUGUGUCCUCCUGAGAGCUCUAACGUCCGCCGGCGCUUAUGUGCGAUUCUUGUAACAGAGGAUCGAGAAGAGGAUGAAGAGGCGCGGGAACAACUUCGACACUUUACACGACAGUUCAAAUUUAGCCGUGAUCGCAUUGUCUUCAGCUAUCUUUUUCGGGAAAAACAGACAGAAUUCCUACGUGCACUUUUAGAAGACGGGAAAUCUCCAGCUGAGGCAACAACUAAAGUAGUUAUAGUUUGGCGUCAAGAUAUCCAGCGACUCAGCUACAGUUGGUUGCCUCAGCCGUUUGUUUCUGGAGCCGAUAACUGGAAUUCUAGUGUCAACUAUCUUCAUCGUACCUUAAUCAAAAUCUUGGGUAGCGCACAACCAUUAGCCCAUACUACUUCGAUGAAAGAACUUGUUGAUGAAUAUGCUCGAGGUAUCUUAGGGCGAAUUACUGCUCGUCUAGUAACAACGGCUGAAAUCCUUAGAGAUCAUUUCACUCGUCAAGAACUUCUUGCUGUUGGCUCAGUUGUUGGAACGGUUCUCUUUAUUGCUGCUGUUGGAUACGUCAUGACUUAUCUUGUACGUUUGGAAGAAGAAACAAUAAGAAAAACAAACAAAGGGUUACCCAAAACCCCUCGGCCAACUACGACAGAAUUAAAACUACACGAACUUCGGUCGGAAACCUACAAUGGCAUGGUUAGGCUACUUAAACCUGGUUGCCGUACAGUUGUUUUAUUACUGGAUAACGAGUCAAUGGACGUUUUAAUACCAAAGUUUCACAAAGCCGUUUGGCCUUACCGAAAGAACAAAAGUUUGCUAUUCGGCUGGAUGAACAUAGACCGCGGUCUGCCUUGGUACAGCAGACUGUUAAAUUUGGCAUUGAAGAUCGCUGACGAUGAUGAAGGAACUGAUGUUACGCUGGAUUCCAAUUCCGUCAAACCCAAAAACUGUGUAGGAACUGUUGUCUCUCUUAAUGGACAUCGACGCUAUUUUUGUAUCUACCACGCUCGUCAUCCAGAAUGCGUUUCCGAUAGUGGCGCAAAGAGAAUGCAAAACAUGGCCCGGCGUUUAACUGUUUCGAAUCGUGUUAUGAACGAUGCGAGUGGAGCAUUUAUGGGAUUUGAUUCAUCUUUGGAGGAUUCAGACAAUUCGGAUGUUGAAAGGGGUGACCUUCUGAAAUCACAGGAUAUGGAGCCAUUGAUCACAAGCGGUUUGGGUUUACACACCCAACAAUUUUCGACAGAUUUUGCUUUAGAAGGACUUUCAAAUUGGCUAGAUCGUCUUUUCGAAGGCACAACACAACGCUAUAACAUUAAUUAUUGGCCAGAUUUUGGAAACCUUUGAAUUUUUUUAAACUGCUAAUUGCUUGAGUAAAGUACCCCUAGUCAAUGUUUUAUUAAUCUGUUUUCUUUUUGUAUGACUGAACAUUUGAGGCCAUCUCAGUAUUUUGUUUACCAAUUACAUUGUCUCUAUGUUACAUUUAAACCAAGUUUAAUCCAGAAACUACACAGUUAAGAUAUUUGUCAAGUAAAGACAAAAAUGCUUAAGUGCUAUUUAAAGGCUAAUUCUCAAGAGGAAUCCUUCCCAAUUUGGUUAACAUUGUUCCUUCUAAAUGCCUGAUUUUCAACCUAUAAGAUCACAUUAAAAUACUGCAUUAUAAGAAUAAUAGACUUUUACCUUAAUCAUGUCUGCUCCAACUAAGUAGGGCAUAUUUAAUUUGUAAUGGCAAUUUGACAUGCCCAUUCCUGCUCCAACUCCCACACCAAAUACAGCAGGCCAUGAUUUCCCUAAGUUAAUAUAUUGGUUACCAAAAUAUUUGACAGAUUCAGAAAACGAUUAUUCUUACGCUUAAACAGGAGCAGAGAGAAUAAUGUACCAGUGAUCAAUCCACCCCCUGUUGAAAUUGUAAGUUUAAUACAGUUACUGCAACCCUCUUAAAUGUAAAUACCUAAUUUGAUUAAUGCGUCAGCCACACAUGAAUCAACUGUGUUGGCAAGCACAUCUUCUGAAUUUUUUGAGGAACCCAUAACUUUUUUAUUACAAUGAAAAGAUGUAACCUCAACGACCAACUAUGCGGCAGAUUAAUAAAGAAGUGGAAUCGUCUGCUACUCCAAGGCCUACUUUAUGGUUAAGGCCCGUAAGGCCGUAAACUUGAAUACCUCCAUGGCGGUAGGCGUUACCAGAGUAAUAGAAUACGGUAUUCUAUUACUCUGGCGUUACCAAGCGAGCCAAUCAGAGAAAAAAACUUGAGCUACGACUACACCAUCUGGCGCUCGCAACUGUUGCCUCGUUCAACCCCAAGUUAUUUUGAUUCUCUUCCACACAGUCUCAGCAACCUAUUCUCAGCUAGCGUCGCUAGCAUGUGUUGGCCCGGCAACACGCACUGACUAGGCAGUACGUGUAUCGAUGCACCUCUCCUUUUUCUCCCUAGUCCCUAUGCUUCUGCACGGUGUACGGGACGCCUCCUUCAUUUGUUUUUUUUGCUAGUUGUUUUUCGUGCUGGUUUCCUUUCAUUUUUCGUCGUCUGCUGCACUGCAUUAAUUGUGCUACUGCUACUUCUUCACGCAUCAAGACAUUUGUUCUAUCUCAAACCUAAAUAUACAUUUUACUGUUCCAUUCCUUUAGUUCUCAGCCUGAUGAACCGUCGCCAAUGGAUGCUGCUAUAGCUGUGCAACUCGCACCUAGUCCUUACUUGACUGCGCAAGAAAAGGAAAAGCUUUGUAAAUCUCCAGCUGCGCCACCAGUUAGGUCACAAGCCUCUUUAAUUGCCCAUGUUUCGAAUGUGGCACUCCAGCCUGCUACGGCAAGAUAAGCAAUUACCUAAAGAUAUUUGUUUUUUCUUAAACCUAAAUACGAAUUUUCCUGUUUUCCAUUCCUAGUUCUCAGCCUGGUGGACCACCACCAAUGGAUACUGCUAUAUCUGUGCAACUCGCACCUAGUCCUCACUUGACUGCGCAAGAAAAGGCAAAGCUUUGUAAAUCUCGAGUUGGGCCACCAGCUAGGUCACAAGCCUCCUUAAUGGUGACGGUGUUGAAAGCAGGUCUCAAGCCUACUACGUCAAGAUCCGCGGCUGAUAGUUCGCAACCAUCGUCUUGAAAAACAAUUAAACUCGGUGCGCCUAUGCCUGCUGCUAAGCCAAUUUUGUCAAAAUUUCUUGACCCGAAUCAUACUGCCCAAAGAAAGAUGUACUCUGCCAAAAGUAUUGUUGCCAAAGAUUCCCAACUAGUUUCCGGUCACACUCAAGAAGUGGAAUUGUAGGGGAUUUUUAUUUAAAUGUGUUUCUCUUCUGUUAACGCCUCUGAAUUUUCAUCCAGUCUUAAGCGUGGAAUUAUAUGUUUUUGUAUGUUGGCGUAUCUGGAAAAGCAAAAAUAAAUUUUCAAAUGUCCUUA